CUGAUCGCACACGGAACGAGUGACACUCAGCAAGUAGCAUGCAUUCCCACAUACGGCCCAAUACGCAUGUUGCGUUGCGCCUGCCCUCGGGCAUCUUGAAGAUCGUCGAGCUCACACCCAACACGUACGUUGCAUAGCCGGAGUGAGCCCUCCAUGUCGCCUUGGUUUUCAAGCGAUGGUGCUUAUGUGGGUACAGCAAUAUCUUCCUGGGAAAAUUCGGAACCUUCAAUUCAAACCUCCUACUCGGCCGGCCGUAUUACCUCACAUACGAGCUCCUCGACAAAGAUGACGGCAAAGCGAAGACCGAGCUGCGCGUCGUACCAGCCGCAGAGCUCCACGCAGAAGCAGUAGGAGACGGGCAUGCGCCUCCCCUUGCGGCGGAAGAAGCAGGCGACAGUGCUGAAAGCGGUGCUGGGUUCGAUAUCGUGGGCACUGACGGCGAGGUGAUCAUGCGCAAUAACCAGCUAACGGUCGACGAUGCAACACGGCAGACGCUCACCAUGGAAGAGAUCGAGGAACUGAAGAAGGCUGGCACUGGGUCAGGGAAGGAGAUCAUCGCGAAGAUUAUGGCGUCGCAUCAAGCAAUCAGCGAGAAGACGGCUUUCUCGCUGGCCAAGUACACACUCAGGAAAUCGCGCAAGUUUUUGAGGAGGUUCACAGCGCUGCCGUUGGAUGUUGGGAGACUUACUGAGCACAUUCUGGAGAAGGAGGCUUACAGGAUCAUGGAGCUUAGAGAAGAUCUGCUCGGUCUGAUCUGCAGUUGGUCAAACGUCCACUGCGGCGCAAAGAGCCGCGUCCUGACAGCCGAGGACGGAGUGAGCCAAAUCGGCGGAGGACGCUGGCUCGUAGUCGACGACACCGCCGGUCUCGUUACCGCAGCACUCGCCGAGAAGAUGGGCCUCCUCUACCCCACAGAAGAAGAAGACGACACCUCGUCGGAAGAGAAGGAGACAGCACCAGCACCAGCACCUGCACCUGCACCUGCACCUGCAGAAAACGACGCCCAACGCGACACCGCAAUGCCCGACGCCGACGCCGACACCACCACAUCCGACCCCUCAACUCGCCCCCGAAAACCCGCACGACCGCACAUCCCCCAAAUGUCCGCCUACACAAACACCCUCACCAUCCUCCACCCGAACAACCAACCCAACCUCGCCUGCCUGAAAUACUUCGGCUACGAUGUCGGCCAACCCUCUCCCUCCCAUCCCUUAUACAAGCACCUCAAAUCUCUCUCCUGGCUCUCGCUCCUCUCACCGCAGGACGACCCGAGCUACAUCGAGCCCGAACUGCUAUCCGCCGCAGAGUUGGAAAGCAUGAAGAGCAGCAAGCGCGGGAAUUACUACAAGAAGCGGAGACGGUGGGAGAAAACGAAGAGAGUGGUUGAUGAGACGAAACGGGGUGGGUUUGAUGGGUUGGUCGUUGCUACGAGCAUGGAUGUCAAGGGCGUGCUCAGGGAACUAGUGCCGCUUGUGAGGGGUGGAGGGAAGGUGGCUGUAUACCACCAGAACGUGGAGCCGCUUGUUGAGCUUGUGGAUUGUUACAGCAAGGAACGACGAGCGGCGUUUAUUGCAAAGGAGUUCGGCACAGAUGCGCAGCAGACUAGGAAGAGGACGCUGGAGGCGGACGCGAACGGUGAUGCGCCAGACGAGGAUGAGGAUUUCCCGAUUAACCCGACGUUGUUGCUUGCGCCGAGCUUGCAAACUGCGCGCGCGAGACAGUGGCAGGUACUCCCCGAGCGGACGCAUCCUAUGAUGACAAGCAAGGGUGGUGCUGAGGGAUAUUUGUUCACGGCUACACGCGUUAUACCGGUUGAAGGAAGGGUCGAGGCGAGAGGGCAUGGAACGAGGAAGAAGAGGAAGACCGCGGUGGAAACGCCUGCAGAGACGAGUGCGGUGGAGACACCUGUGGAGACUUGAAGCUAGAUCUGAGUACCAUUAUUCAUUCGAGUUGCCGAGUGCAGA